CUUCCUCGUUAGUAUUCCUCCUACUCUCUUUUCCUUCUCAAAAAGCUUACAAGUGUGAGGAUUGCUACAGCAAUGGAGAUUUCGAGUUCGACAAAAUUAUUCCUAAUAUUCAUAUUUCUCAGCUCAUUUCAAAUGUGUAAAGCAUCUGGUGAAGUUAUUAAUCCGUUUACGAAGUUGAGAUUCGACGGAAAAAAUGGUGAAUUUAGGAUUUUGCAGGUGGCGGAUAUGCACUACGGAGAUGGAAAAACGACGCCGUGUAAAAAUGUGUUGCCGCAGCAAAUGUCUUCGUGUUCCGAUCUCAAUACUACUGAUUUCAUUUUCAGGAUGAUUCACGCUGAGAAACCUCAUCUCAUUGUGUUCACCGGGGACAACAUAUUUGGAUCUGAUGCUACGGAUCCUGUAAAAUCCAUGGAGGCUGCUUUUGCUCCUGCAAUAUCUUCAAAUAUACCAUGGGCUGCAGUACUAGGAAAUCAUGACCAGGAAUCUACACUCUCAAGGGAAGGCGUGAUGAAACAUAUUGUUGGCAUGAAAAGUACUUUAUCUCAGUUGAAUCCUCCUGACGUUCCUGAUAUUGAUGGUUUUGGGAAUUAUAAUCUGGAAGUCCAUGGGAUUGAGGGUUCCGAGCUGACUAAUAAGUCCGUUCUCAAUCUGUAUUUCCUUGACAGUGGAGAUUACUCUACUGUUCCAUCCAUCCCUGGUUAUGGUUGGAUUAAACCCUCUCAACAGUUCUGGUUUCAACGUACCUCUAGGAAGCUUAAGAAAACUUACAUGCACACUUCAAAUGCUAUGAAGGCUCCUGCUCCAGGCCUUGCUUACUUUCAUAUUCCACUUCGUGAAUAUGCGAGUUUUGACUCAUCAAACUUCACAGGGGUUAGACAAGAAGGCGGCAUAAGCUCUGCUUCAAUAAAUUCAGGUUUCUUCACCACUAUGGUGGAAGCUGGUGAUGUAAAGGCAGCAUUCGCUGGCCAUGAUCACGUAAAUGAUUUUUGUGGCAAGUUGAUGGACAUAAAUCUUUGCUAUGCUGGAGGAUUUGGAUAUCACGCUUAUGGGAAGACUGGAUGGUCAAGGAGGGCAAGGAUGGUAGUAGCAUCUUUGGAGAAAACAGGGAAAGGAGGGUGGGGAGAUGUCAAAUCUAUUAAAACAUGGAAGCGACUUGAUGAUGAACAUCUUACAGCCAUCGAUACUCAGGUGCUUUGGAGCAAGAGGUCUGCCGGUAAGGUUCCGAAAAUGUAACUUCUUAUCUCAGGCUUUGGGCUGUCCCAAGUAAUAAUAUAAUUCCAAUGGUACUUUUCUGUUAAUUUAGUUGGAUUGAUACAUGUAAAACUGUUUGCUACUGGUGUUCAGUCAAAGUGUGCUGUUGGUACUUGUGUUCUAAAGAUAGGGCAUGGUAUGUGUACACUCUAUCCUCCCGAGAUUCCACAUGUUGGGAUUACAUUGGGUUUAUUGUUGUUGUAUGUUGCUGUUGUACUAGAAAAACAUGGAUACAUUAUUAUUUAUAAUUAUUCAAUAUUUAUGAUGUCAUAUAUA